AUGGCUUGGAAACAGAGUCUUCAACUCGAAUGCGGUGCCAAGCAGUACCGCAAGGCGGCAACAAAAACCGAUUCUUGCGAAACGUUCUGUAAGAUGCUGAAGUCGAACUUCAUGACACCAGACAAGCUAUUCUUGCAGAUAAUCCGCCAUCUACUAGGCGGAAAGAUGGGCAGUCUCAAAAUCCUGAAGGCCAAGUCGGACCCAUUCUGA